AUGCGUUCUUACUCUGCCAUCCCCAUUGCCCUUGUCGCUGCUGCGUCCGUCGCCCCGGCCUUCGCUGCGCCCAUUGUCAAGACCACCGACAUCGAGGUUCGCGAGGACUCGUUCCUUCCCACUCGGGAGGUGACCGAGUUCGAGGCGCGCUCUGUCGAUGAUGAGUUCGAGCUCGCUCGCCGCGACCUCCAGGAGGAGCUGUUCACUCGCUUCUUCGACGAGGAGCUUGAGGCUCGUGCGCCCCAUCACGAUGAGGAGCACGACGCUGAGGAGUACGGCCACCAUGGUCAUCACCAUCACCAUCACCACCCCGGCCACUACCACCACGGCGAGCACUUCGACAGCGAGGAGUACGGCCACCACGGUCACCACCACCACCACCACGAUGGCGAGUUCUUCCACGACGGUGACCACUACGAUCAGCGCAUCCACCACCACGGCCACCACCGUCACCACCACCACCACCACCACGGCGGCGAGCACUUGGAGGGUGAGCACUACGGCCACCACCACGGUCACCACCACCACCACCACCACCACGCCGAGGACGUUGACGGUGAGGAGUUCGGUCACCACCGUCACCACCACGAGGGCGAGCACCACCACGGCCACCACCACGAGGGCGAGCACUUCCACCACGGGUACGCUCGUGCGGUUCCCGCUUCGCCGGCUCCGGAGGUCCCUGCCACUGGUGCCGCGACCCAGGACGCGGCUCCCCACGCGCACUCUGCCCAGCACGAGGCGCACGGCGCUACGGGCACGGGCGAGCACGCUCAUGGACAGCACUCCGUGCACGCUGGUGCGCACAGCCAGGAGCCCCACGUUGGUACGCACGGCCAGGAGCACAACGGUGCCCACGCUCACAACGGUGCCCACGCUCACAAUGGUGCCCACGCUCACAACGGUGUCCACACUGGAGCGCACGAGGGCGCCGGCGCGCACCGCACGGGUCACCGAGGUGCGCAAGAAGAGCACCGCGAUGCCCACUCUGGCCGGCGCGGUCGUGGGAGCCAUGGUUCUCAGAACAAGGGUCAUGGUCGUCACGGCGUGGAGGGUGAGCGCACGGGUGUUCAGCACGCCGGCGCGCACCACAACCACGAGCAACACUCCGGUGUGCACCCCGCAGGUUCCCGCGAGGGGCAGCACCACGGCACUCAGCACGCUGAGGAGACUGGUGUGCAGCACCACUCUGAGCAGACCGGUGUGCAGCACCACACUCAGCAGACCGGUGCGCAGCACAACGCUGAGGGCGUGCAGCCGGCCCCUGGCACCUUGGCCCACAAGGCGCGCGAGCUCGAGCUGCUCGUCCGUUCGCUCUUCGGUGACUACGACGAGCUUGACUAA